AUGACAACGAUCCUUGAAAAUCGUACUAUAUCUAUGAUACUCACAGUGCCUGAUGUGAAAGAACCACUUUCAUCAGUAUCACAUUCGGUUGAAAAUCUUAAUCAAUAUUCAUUUGCACUUUCGAAAAACUAUAAACCUCCAUCAAUACCUAUCUAUCAUGGAUCAAUUAUUCGUAUUGAACAGCAUCAUGAUGAGGAAAAUACAUCUGAUUUAAUUGUUCGUGUACCUAAUUUUCAUCAUUUAUCAUUACCAUCAAUUAAUAUUUCAAGUAUUCCAACGAAUGAUGAUCAAUUAAAUGAAACUGAUAGUCAACAAGAAACACGUACUAAACGACGUGCGCCAAUAUGUCCUAUUCUUAAUGAUUCACGUAAUCAUUCUCCUUCAUCAAAUCAAAAUCAAACAAAUGAUGUUGAUAAUUCAAAUCAAAAUCAACAAUCAGAAAUAAAUUCACGAUUGAUAAAUACAAAACGUUUAACUAUUGGUUUACGUAAUUUAAGUCGAGCAAUUACAACAAGUUGUAAACCAAAAUCAUCGUCAAAUAUUAAUGAAAUAACAAUUAUACCAGUCCUUCCUGAUGUUGAAGUAAUAACAGAAAACGUCCAAGUACCAGCAUCAUCAAAAAAACCAACGAAAAAUCAAAAUUCAGCAUCAAAAUUUAUAACACCAAAAGUUUUUUUGAUUAAAAGAAAACGUUUUAAAAUGAAAAAAAAACAACUAUCAACAAUACCGAUUGAUACUGAAACUGAAAAUACACGUAGUACAAUUGAAAACUCAUCGACAAAUAGUAUUUUAAAAGAUAACGAAACAGAACAACAAAAUGAAUCAAAACAAGCAACAACUAUUAAACUAAAUGAUGAAAUUGAACAAAAAUCUAAAACAAAUGACAAACUCAGUCCUAAUAGUCCAACAUUGGUGUUCGAUUCCCUUGGUUCUUCAUCAACACAUUGUUAUUGUGCUAUUUCACCAUUUCCAUCAGAUUCUCAAACAACAAGAACAAAUAAUAUUUCAUUACCUAUUGAAACAACAACAACAAAUAUUCUUCUAUCUAAUACAUUGAUACCUAAAGAAAAAAAUGAUUUAACAGCAGAUCAUGUACAAUCAUUAGUUCAUAAAGAUAGUGAACAAAUACAAGAUCAUGAUGACAAGAUCGAAGAAAGAUUAUAUAUUGUUCAUCCAAAUGGUGAUAUGUAUUCUGAAUGUUAUGAAGUUACUUAUGAAUUAGACCCAGAAUAUCAAAAUCGCUUAAAUAAUGAACAAGAACAAAUUCAUCUUCCAAAAGUUGAAGAUCAGUCUUCAGUUAAAGUCAAUCUUGAUCCAUUUCAAUAUCAAGAUCUAACAUUAGCAUUAAGUAAUUGGUCACCUAUUUUUUCUAAAAUUACUUCAAAUGACUCUAAUCAAAUCGAAGAUGAUAAGAUCGAUCAAGCAUUUCCAAAAUCACAUGAAAAUAUCAAUAUUGAAAAUUUAGAACCAAUUCCAGAAGAAUCAAAACUCACAAUGAUUAAUACAACACGAAUAAAAUUUCAGUCACCUGAAAAUAUACCACAAAUCAGCAAUGAUCAAUCACCAACUGAUCAACCUGAAUCAGUUUCUAUUUUCUCAACUUUACAAGAAAAUGAUCAAAUUUUAUCUCUUAACGAUACAUCAAUUGUUAAUGAAGAGUAUACUAUAAUUUUAAAAAUUCUUAAACAUGUCUUACAAAUUGAUCAACUUUUGCAAACAGACACAACGAACGAGUUAGAACAACAAUAA